AUGGAUAUGUUUUAUAACCGGGCGGAGACAGACAUAGAAGUCGGAGAACUUAUGUUGACGAACCACGAGCUUUGCGGCAAGGAGAAUAAUGGUGCUCUGAUGUGUCAAAACUUGAUGGUACGCAACCCCCAGUGUUUCCAGUUCGUGUCCGGAGACGCGAACGUUCCACGCGGUCCAUAUUUCUUGUGGGACAUGAUUGAUAGAAUCUUUGGUCGUGAAAAAGGCGACAAGGAAUGUGUCAUUCGUUGCGACCAUGCCGACGCAAUGAAAGAACGGCUGUUCAGUCGGAUCAUAACUUCAGCUAGAUUCUUUGAUCCGAACUCUACGCAGACCGUUAACUCUACGCAGGCCGGUAACUCUACGCCGGCCCCUUUCUCUACGCAAACCGCUAGCUCUACGCAGACCCUUAACUCUACGCAGGCCGCUAAGUACACGGAGACCCCUUACUCUACGCAGACCCCUUACUCUACGCAGACCCGUAACUCUACGGAGGCCCCGAACUCUACGCAGACCGCUAACUCUACGCAGACCGCUAGCUCUACGCAGACCCUCAACUCUACGCAAGCCGCUAA